AUGAAGUGGUAUAAUCCUUUAGCAACCGUGUUGAUCGGGGCAUCUUUUGCCAUUGGGAUCUGGGGAAAACCCCUGGAGGUGCGAGAUACCUCAUCCUCAUCGCUUUCUCUGCCGUCAGGUGCUUUGUUUGAGACCACCAUCAGCGGUAAAGCAAUCACGAUCGAGGCCUCCCUCCCGACCGCGACAUCUUCGAUCAGUUCCCAAGCAAGUUCCACCCAGAGUUUGGCAUCGGAAGCAUCCAGCCCGGGUUUGGCUUCAUCCACCUCGAGCUCAACCGCUGCCGGCAGCACUGCUUCACCGUCGACACAAUUCCCAGUCUGCCGAGACACCGAUCAGGCAUUCUGCCAGCCGAGUAACUCUUCCGAACUCUAUAUCGGAGAAACGUAUUAUGUCACCUGGAACCCGGAUUUCUUCGCCGAAAAUAGCACGAUUACGAUCAUUCUGAACUACUACAAUGACACGGGAAAACAAGCAUGGUCGUCUCCGGGCAUCAACAAUAACAUUGGAUACACCACUGUCAAGAUAGACUCAAGCUGGCUCCAAGGGUCCAACGCCAAUAAUUUGACCUUCAUCGCUCUCCAAUAUUCUGGGUCUUCGAAAGCCUUUGAUGGGCCUCAUGUCGGAAUUACAACCAGACCGGUUGAGCAUUUGCCACCAAAUAUCACCAAGACAAAUCCGAAGAAUCUUGCUCUAUGGGUAGGCUUACCUGUUGUUCUUGGAUUUAUUUUGAUUGUCCUCGUUGGCAUCACACUUGGUUUCCGCAAGCACCGCAAGAUUGGGCUGGGGAAUAUUAUGUCACGGACCAGACAUGGCUAUGGGAGUCGGAAGAACCGGAAUCAAAGGGUUGCUCUUGGAAAGAAGGGCGCCAUCAGACUCCAGGAUAGAGAAGUGAUCCCACCCGAACAGGAGUUUCGGGACCAACCCGCCGUGGGAGGUCAAUGGACCGGGUCGCAUGCCAAUGCGCGAAAUCAUACCAGAGACACAAGCUUUGGAAGUCUCGUGAGCAACGAGGAUGACAGAAGGAAUGUGUUCCGCGAUGAAAUCGAUCGACAAAGAACUGGAAAAUGA